ACUAUGAAGCUAUUCAUUUUAAUUAGUGCCCUUGCGGUUUUCGGUGUAAGUUGGGCCGAACAACUUCGAUAUGACAAUCAUACAGUUUACAAAGUGUUAAUUGAAAAUGAAAAUCAACUGACAAUAGUCAAACAUUUGAGUACACUUCCUAAUGGGUACAAUCUAUGGAAACCAUUUCACGGAGUUGGAAGUGAUGCACAUAUUAUGGUUAGUCCUAAAAUGAAAAGUGCUUUUGAUAGUUUGAUGAAACUAAAUGAUUUUGGAACUGAAGUCUUAAUUGAAAAUGUCCAAAGUCUCAUUGAUGAAGAAUCAAGUUCUUACAAACGUGAUGCUACUUUUGGGUGGACCUCUUAUCAUAGUCUUGAUACAAUCUACGAUUGGAUUGAUGAUAUUAUCGCAGAAUACUCAAAUAUCGUAACACCUUUUGUCAUUGGCAAAUCAUAUGAAGGCCGUGAAAUUCGUGGUAUUAAAAUUUCUUCAAAAGAUGGAAAUCCCGGCAUUUUCAUCGAAACCAAUGUUCAUGCUCGCGAAUGGAUAACUUCAGCUACAGUUACUUACUUUAUAAACCAAUUGCUAACCUCAGAUCGUGCUGAAUUGAAAAAUAUGCGUGAAAAUAUUGACUGGUAUAUUAUUCCUGUUUAUAAUGUUGAUGGAUUUGUUUAUAGUCAUGAAAAGGACCGCAUGUGGCGUAAAUCACGUCAACCAGUAUCCGGCUCAAAUUGCAUGGGUGCCGAUAUCAAUCGUAAUUUUGAUUCCCAUUGGAUGGAAAAUGGUGGAGCCUUAUCCGAUCCCUGUGCUGAAACCUUUGGAGGACCUAAGCCUUUCUCUGAACCCGAAGCACAAGCUUUAGCUGAUUUCGUUACAAAUAUUCAAGACAAAAUCAAUAUUUAUCUGUCAUUCCAUUCGUAUGGUCAAUAUUUAUUGUGUCCUUAUGGACAUUCAGCCACAGAACUCCCAACCAAUUAUGCCGAUCUUUUGGAAAUAGGAAAAGCUGCUGCCGAUGCUAUUAGUAGACCUUAUGGAACUAAAUUUACUUAUGGAUCUACUGGAAGUGUUUUAUAUGUUGCAUCAGGAACCUCAGUUGAUUGGAUGUUUAACGAACGAAACAUUAAAGUUGGUUGGACUUUUGAAUUCCGAGAUAAGGGUCGUUAUGGUUUCGUUCUCCCAGCAACACAUAUCAAACCGAAUGCUGAAGAGGCUGUUGAAGGCGUUAUUGCUCUUGUUGAAAAAUCUAGUGCUCUUGGCUACUUGUAAAAAGC